AAAAUUGUUUCAAGCAUGACAACAAAUUCAUCAUCAACCAAGAAAUCAGAUGGAAGCGUGGUACCGCUUUGUAAGCGAUUAUGUUUUGAUAACGGAGCUACAUUGAAUACAAAUAAUUUCCAUACAUUAUCCUCGUUAUGCAACCGUGCAGGAAUAGAUAUAUACCAAGGCUCGGUAGCACUUACAGAACCCGAUAUAUCGUAUUGUAAAAUGUCUGGCCAACUUUCUUUAGGCACAGGAUCGUCUCAUUGCAACGACAGUACUAACUUGUUCGAAAACUUAAAGCAUCCAGAGUCAGGACGAAUACUUUACGUGCCAACGCAUAUGCAAACGUCUCCAGUGCAGCCCCUGGUGGCAUCCUGCUCAUACAAGCCUACUUCAGACAUCAUCGUGCAAAGAGACCAAAAACAUAUUAAUAAAGUUCAUUGUGCGUCGAUGUCGGAAAACCACAUGAGUCUGCAACGAUUAAAUAUCGACAAACGAUCGCCGUGUUUUAAGGAAAAAAAUCGACCAAAGAAUAACCCCGCUCCACAAAAUCUAUGUCCAUCUCCAAAAAAAAAAAUUAAACGAGAAGAUGCGAAAAACGAAGUACAAAUGUUCCGUGCAUUAACAUUACCUAGUGACCCUGACCCGCCGGUGCUAAUUCUCAACCCAGAUAUGUAUACAGCGAGUAUGGAUACGAUGCAUGUAGCUAACAGUAACGUCACAUCUUUGAGAUUAACGCAACCCUCAGAAAAGAAAAUAGAACAAAAUCAAGGUCAUUCGUACAUAGAGCCUACAAGAACGAAUGAUGUCAUGAAAAAACACACGACAGUGGGGUCUCAAGCUAGUGGAAACAUUGUUGUGAAAGUAUUCAUGCUUCCCACAUCAACACAAGUGUCUCGAAAUUUUUUUCAAUCUGAAACUAAAUCGUUAUCUACAGAGGUAUUACUUCUAAAAACUGUGGUCACAGAUACUGCAAUCAAAAAAACCAGAAGUGUACAAGUUGAAACAGAAUCGAACCCAACCCAAUUAAUGAAGACGGGCAUACGUCUUACUUCAAUUUCAUCAGCAAAUAUGAAAUCACAAGCAGUGGGUACACCAGCAUUUGUCCGCACUUUUACGUAUACAGAGUCUACAUCAACAAGUGGUUUAAAAUUAUCCGUGGAUACUGGUAUAUCUAACAACAAUUUAAUUGAAAAGAAAUCAAUUUGUGCAGAAACUAGCACGCUACUGCUUACUGACAAUAAAGGUGACGAACCCGUUAGAACAAAUGGGAAACUUAUUUCUAUGUCUUCAUCGCGAAAUCAUGGCGGCCAUAGAGCGUACUGCACUCUGAGCUUUGAAAAAGCUAAUCAGAUGAAAGACCGGUAUCCGAAAUACACUGUGAUCGGAAUCAACACGGAAAUGCAGAAAGAUUCACAAUCAUUCGGACAAACCACAUCAUUUACCGUAUUACCGGGAUUGAAUAAAAAUUCCACUAACAAAUUUGAAUCUUCAUUUGCUGUGCAGAACACCAUGGACGUCUACGCACAAUAUGCACAGAAGUUUAUACGCGGAGAACACAACUGUAGCACAAUUUUUUCGGCGAAUACAGACACAAUCUAUAGCUCAACCACCGAAACCGAUACAAGUUACACGGUACGGUCUUCCAGAAAUGACAAUUGUCUUUCCAUAUCUGAAGCAACCUUUAAUUUUGCUAAGAGAACCAAGGUAGAUACAACCAGUCAAUAUAAUUACGGGAGUGUGAAGAAAAUUGAUGUUGCUAAUCAAUGUUCCUCCUACAAGGUGCAAAAAGUUGAUAUCAUGUGUCAGUGUAACGAAAAUCAAGGACAGUUUAUAGACUUUACCCAGUACAUCGGCUUCCAAGACCAAGUAAAUAAUAUAAAAAUACAUAGCGUUCACCCCGAAUACAAAGCAGAAUUAUACAGUGAUCGCUAUGGACAGAAUAACAGAUCUACCAGCAAUCACUAUAAAAAUCGUCAAAAUAUAAUAAGUGAAAAUAAUGCAAAUCCUUACAUACUUUAUAACACACACCUUAAAGGGCGUUAUGAUUUAAGCGGCGGGUGCCGUAGUCGGUACAGUAGACGACGUGAACAAAAAGUUGAUAAUACUAACCAAUACAGUGAAAACAACAAGGAUAAAUUGGAAAAUACUAAGAAAUAUUGUGACCGCCAAGAGCAGAUGAUUAGAAGCUCCCAUUACCAGAAAGGAUGUAGCCGACAAAAAGCAAACACUAGCCUCUACCGUUACUACGUUUGCCGAGAUCACGCCAAAUAUAAAUGUGAUUACAGGAAUGCGGCUGAAUCUGUGUUGAAACGAAGAAGUGUAUGCACAAUUACAAGUCAAAAAACCUUGGUUUCGACUGCAUUGUCAAAGAUUGUCAUUGCUAUUCCAACUAUAUAUAAGGGAUCUCGAAAACUGAAAUUGGACACACAAAUCGUAUCAUCGGAAACAGCGUCAAUAAGCACCGAGACGAAUCCUACGACCCUGUUACAGGAUAACCCGCUACCUUUGCUCGGGACUAAAAGCAUUGUCGACGUCAACAUACAAUACAGUACGCACCGUUUCCCUGAUGGCACGUAUACCAGUCGGUCGGCAACGGGUAAUCAAAGCGAGUUGAUGACUGUAUUCACGCUGUGCUCUUCUGUAAGAGAAGUAGCUGUUCAAGAACCCAGCGAUCAGAGUGACAAAUCUGUUAUGCUAGACACACAGUUAAUAUCGUUAAUGAAACCAAAGUCAACAUCUUGCCUGCCGUUUGUGAUGUUACCUGAGCGCCCUUUUUCGCCACCGAUGCGUAAACCAGCUCAGCAAGAAACCCUGCGCCAAUCAAUGCUCCCAGAAGAUGAUCAGACAACAAAUCGUAUUCGACGACACCCUCUUGGCAAUCAGAUAUUGUGUGGAAACUGCGACUCCAUCUGCCCAAUACUAGUCUCUCAUGAAACCAACACAGAAAUAAGACGUCUCGUCAAUCGUUCGGUUGGUGAUACAAAACAAUAUAGAGAACUCAAGAGUAAUGAAAUUAAUACAUUUGGAAAUAAAGUGACUAAGGCAGAUCGUGACUCACAACUGCCAUCGGAUGUCCCGCGAACAACGCCCAAGAUGAUGGACAACGCCGCCACAGAUACUAACUCUCAAAAAGUGGCAACAUAUGCUACAGUACAAAGUACGAACUGUGGUAAAAUGAUACACCGUCUGUCUACUCUGGCACGUCUUCUCAGUCAGGGAAAUAAGACAGCAGGUGACGGCAAGCAUUCAGACGCAGUACAACUGUCAAGUAGCUUGAAUGCCGAGAAGUGGUUGCAACGUAGUUUCCCUAUGGACGAGAAAGAUUACCAGUCUAUGUUCGAUACGGAACAGAUGAUGGACUUAGAGCACACAUCGCCGACUGAGUCUCUUUGCAUCCCAUACAAAUUGACAAAGUGCUCCAAUAUCGUAUCAGGAGAAGUUGAAACAUCGAAAAAUCCAGGAUUUACACCUCUGCCUGAUCGAAUAAUGAUGGCUGUGUCAAGAGAAAGUUUAAAAGAUAUAUUACCGAAAGGACCUCAUCGGAUUCAUGCACUGGAACGAGUUCAUAAUGAACGAUUGACUUGCACUAUUGGUACCAAAAUGUCACGCGGCCAGAGGAUGGUCGACAAAUGUACUUCAGACACGAUGACACCGAAACGUUUUGAAGAAUUAGAGCUUCAGACUUCCCCCGAAGUCUGCCAUACAGCUGUGAACAUGGGGUCUUCGAAGAAACUUUUGGAGUCCAAUUCAAUAUGUCUGAAGCAGUUCAAGUCAACGUACACAUACACUUCGCGUUGCUUCCUACCGCCGCUGCGUUGCUCCCAAGAUAGAUAUGGCACAGAUUGCGUGUUCGUGUACCAACGACCCCGGUGCCUAACGCAUUACAACUCCUUGAUGGACGUGAGUGUGCAAAAGGAUAAUUGUCAUAAACAGAGCAUGCACAAACAGAAAUGUGAAGAGAUAGAUAACCUAAGGAUUACAUCAUGGAGUUCAAAUGCGUCACCAGAGAGCCGAGGUCCGUCUGCGCCCCGACACAUAUCAAACAACACCAAGGAAAUUCUACCUAAGGUGUAUGAAACUUCGUGUGACACGGCCGAACCUAUUCCGGCCCAUCCCACCAAGCUGAUGGAACCAAAAUCUUACAGAUCAACAGCUCAAGGCGAAAAGGAUUUAUGCCAGACGUCGGCGAUGGUGCUGACCCCGCCGUACAACUACGUCAGCAUGCAGCACUGCUGCGUGUGUAACAAGAAGAGAAACAAAACAGCCACUACGAGCACGGAGAGGCAGUCUACAGUGUCUACGUACACUUCUCAUCACGAAUGUCCAGUGCGCUAUUGCCAUACAGCCACUCAAGACUCUUCCUCUUCUUUUGUGGGCUCGAAAUACCCUAUGCAGUUCUGCCCUGCGUGUCAAACUCAUUUAAUCGAAAUAGUACACAGCGACGAGACAACCUACUCAGGUGAAACAGGUAUUCAAUCUGUGGAAGAAUGCAUAAAAACCAACUUCAUGGAGUCGUGUCGCUACUACAGCCAUAUGCUCACCAAACACAUUAGCAAAGUUAGGCAUAAUCUGGCAAGACAAUUACAAGAUCGAAUACCCGCAACGUCGUACCCGCCGGUGUCGAUGGAUAGGUUUCUGUACCAGGUCUUCACAGACCUCCGCACCGAAGCAUGCACCAUGAAACCCAGCGGGAAGGGGGAACUGGGAUGCCAGACCAAACACGCUACCCAACAAGUCUUGCGGCCAACCGCGUCGAGCUAUCUCAACCCGGCCAUCAGCCUGACGCACAUCUGCAACUCCAACGAAGUAGAAAAACUCCAGUCGAUGUAUUACAUGCUAGCUGCGAUAGACGGCAGGAUGCGGCGGCUCAAAAACAAUAUACCUUGAUCUAUUUGCAACCCUUCGUUCAGUUUCGUCAGUUGCAAAAAGCCACACUGCGUUAUCUAGAUAAAUUCUUAGUACAAAUGCGAAUGACGCAAUUAGGGCGCACCACACACCGAAGACGCAUUCGUGUAUGCAGUGUAUAGGCUGGCAAUAAGAAAUUUUGCUGUAUGAAAGGAUUGUAACGAAAUUCCCGCAAGCGCUUUGUCCGUUUUUAUUCAGACUUAACAAUUUAAACAAGACUGGACGAGUGUCAAAUACUAAGGUUAUUGAAAAUGUGUUAUGAAAUUUUAUUUUAGUCCCGGCACAAAAGCCUUGCGUAAACGGCCGUGCGGUGCUUUAGCAGCACUCACAGUACGUUGUACAGUGUAUGUGUAUUACAAACACUGUACAAUUAUUCAAUUAAAAAUUUAACUUCAUCUUAGAGUAACAUUUGUGAUUUUCGUGUGUGGCGUGCUGUCUCGUGAUUUAAAUUUGUAGUAGACAUACAAAAUGGUGGAUUUUGACUAAGUAUUAGGAAAAAUUGUAUAAUUGUCUAGUUUUGUAUAAGUAUAGUGAUAGUGAAUUCUGUUGCCAGGAUGUCCGUGAGAUCCUUGAUUGUUUUGAUUUAGGAAGACGUCAUAGAUGACAUCAUGAGUUGUAGUAAAAAAUGUAAACCCAAAUAGUCACUGAUUUAAUAUAGGUUUGUACAUAAUGUUGAAUAAAUUA